AUGGCUUCAAGUGUCGCUAGUCGCCGCAAGAGCAUCAAGGCCGCGAGGGCUCCUCCGCCAUUGGCAGCAAUUACCGGCUCGAACAAGGCAGCGCAGCGUCGCCUCUCGUCCUCUGCUGCCAGAUCUGGCAAUGCUGAUGUGCCUGCUGCUGCUUCUAAAGCUCAGCCACGACCGUCGCAGACCCAGGUUGCUGUCGCGCAGCCAAACAACAAGCCGGAUGUAUUUCAAUUCCUGCAGCAAGGCGACUCUUCGUCGUCGACUCCCUCUGACACGGACUCGGAAGAUCAAGAGCACGACGAAGACGAAGAUGAAGAUGAAGAUGAGGAAGAUGACGAUGACGAUGACGACGACGACGAAGAAGACAACGACGAAGAAGAUGAAAAGAAACCUACAAACAAGCCUCGUUCCCCGACCAGCUCACGAAUAGUCCAUCGUGGCGAUCUUCCCUCGCCAGUCUCUUCUUCUUUUAGGGCAAGCAGCCCCGAGCAGACCUUCUCCGUCGCAUCGCGAGACUCCAUCUCGACCGACCCGGAGCCUACAACUCCUCCGGAGGGCUCGCCGGCCACGGCCUAUCUGCGUCUAGCACACAAGCACAUUACUCAAUCGCGAGGGCAGAGACGGCGUGUAUCUUCGAGAGAGGACCACCAGCAGUCUGACUAUUCAGCCCCGGAGGACUACUACAUCCCUUCACGCGCACAGUCUCGCCGUCUAUCUUCCCCCCACGAAGGCGCCGGGACCCUGGUACCAACCAACAAAAACAAAUCGCCUGCAAAGAAAAACAUCAGAAGAGCUACUAUAUCAGGCUACGCCUCUCUAGCCUCAAAACUAGACUCCUCAGACAAAGACACCACCACCAACAACAACAAACUAGCACCGGUCUACCGUCGGUUCGAGAAUGUGAACCACCGAAUCCUUUUAUACCUCCAAGACGAAAUCUCCCAAAUGGAAGAAGAGCUCCAGCUCAUGGACGAAUACGAUGCAACCCACCGCGCCAGCAUCGCCGAAGAAGACGGUUCACACCCAGAGCCCGCAUCGCGCCGGAUGGAUGUUGAGGCGGCUCGACAUUUUUCUGGAUUUCAUGCGCGACGGACAGAGCUUUUGGAAAGACUGAUGUAUAAGACUAAUCAAUAUAACGAAGCUCUGUACACCUACAACAAAAUGCGCCACGCCCUACCCAAAGCAUCCCCCAAAGAUGUCCAAGCAUACCGCACCUGGAUGGGCGAAAACACGCCUAUUGCAAAAAAUGAAACUGCCUUUUUGGACCAUGAGCUGGAUCUCGUCUCUCUGAAUGCCGUCGCCGUUGGUGCCCAUGGCGGUGACAAUAGUAUUCUAUAUUUUAUUAUCGGUGUGAUGUCUGCUGCAUUACUACUGCCUCUUUUGGCUUAUUAG